AUGCAGUAUGACGGAUGUGCAGAGCACAACUUCACGCUGCAGUCAAUCAUCCAAGACGCAAGGAGGAAGCAAAAACAAGCCGCCAUAGCAUGGUUAGACCUGAAAAACGCGUUCGGCGCCGUCCCGCAUGCAGCGAUGUUUAACGCCCUGGAAUGGACAGGUCUCCACGCCGACUCCAUCGCCGUAAUCCGCAGACUGUACAGGGGAUCGUACACUAGAGUUCGCGGCGAGCACGGAGCAACCGACGAGAUCCCCGUUCGAGCUGGUGUAAAACAGGGGUGCCCCCUCUCCCCGAUCGUAUUCAACAUCACGCUGGAACCGCUGCUGCACGCGCUAGCCAGGAAGGCCUACUACUACAAACUGGAGGGCCAGAAGUUCAACGUCCUGGCGUAUGCUGACGACCUGGCCAUCAUCGGAGCCGACAGAGAGGGACUACAACGACUGCUGAAUACGACGGAGACAAUAGCCGCCUGGUCUGGGCUACAAUUCAACGCCAGGAAGUGCGCGACACUGCACGUGGACGGACGACGACGCAGCGCGAUCGGAACGACCUUCAAGCUGGGAGCAGAGAACCUGAGAGCACUUUCGCAGGAGGAGUGGUACGAGCACUUAGGCGUUCCCACCGGAUUCUCUACGUUUUCGUCAGGGGAAGACGUAUUAGAGCAGAUGCAGCAGCACCUAUCCAGAGUAGACGAGUCGCUGCUGGCGCCAUGGCAGAAGAUCGACGCAGUCAAUACCUUCAUCAUGCGGCAGGUGGAAUUUCAUCUAAAGAAUGGAAACGUGGCCAAGAAAAUCCUGCACAGAUUCGACAAACAGGUGAAGAGAAGCGUCAAGAAAUGGGCGCACCUGCCGCAGAGAGCCAGCGCCGAGGUCCUAUAUCUGAGUUACAAAGAGGGCGGAUUCAACAUCCUACCAGCAGCGGUGUUGGCAGAUAUUGGACAGGUUGUACACGCCCACCGACUGCUGACAUCAAAGGACAGGGCCACGUCAGAACUCAGCAGAGCCACGCUAGCAGACGUCGUCAGGAAACGUGUGGGACACGAACCCAACACGGAGGAGAUCGUCGGAUUCAUAAAUUUCGGAAGAAGUGGCGAUCUCGACAAACCAGCGAACGACAUUACGACGACGUGGUCGAGGCUCAGGACGGCAGUGCGAAGGCUGAAACCAAAGAUCAACCUGCAGCUGGGAUUGGACGAGCUAACCGUCGACAACGCGCCAGUGAGCAGGGAGAACGCAGAAUCGAGCCUACGAGCAGCUGCACGACGGUUCUACAAGGAAAGAUUACUCAGAAAACCGGACCAAGGAAAAGUGUUCGAGGUAACGACACAAAACUCUGCAUCAAACCACUUCCUUAGGCAAGGCGGCUUCACCAGAUUCGCAGAGUGGAAAUUUAUUCAUCGAGCGCGGCUCAACGUUUUACCACUGAACGGGAGUCGUCCAUUUGGCAGCGGCGACAAGCGAUGCAGAAGAUGUGGACAGCACGACGAGACCCUACCUCACGUCAUCAAUCACUGCAAGCCGCACCUGAGCGCCAUUACGAGGAGACACGAUAGCAUCGUGCAGAGACUGAUUACGGCGGCAAAGAAACCAGCGGACGGAGCCCUAUACGCUAACCAGCCGAUACCAGAAUACGACGGUCAAGAGCGACCGGACAUCGUUAUCAUAGACAACAAGGAGAAAACAGCUGCGAUAAUCGAUAUAGCAGUGCCCUUCGAGAACCGGACCGAGGCCUUCCAGACAACUAGACAGCUUAAGAAGGACAAGUACGCCGCACUUGCUGAGCACUUUCGAGCCAAGGGAUUCAGGACUACAGUAGACGCUUUCAUCGUCGGAUCUCUCGGUGGAUAUUGCAGCCGCAAUUGGACCGCGUUAGCAGCACUCAAGGUCAAUAAAAAGUAUGCAGUGCUGAUGAAGCGGUUGAUGGUCUCCGACACGAUCCGCUGGUCCCGAGAUAUCUACGUGGAGCACAUCACCGACACAGGCAGUACCAGGACGCAGGACCCACACCAGCAGCUACAGCACUGGAACGAGGACCACUGGAUUGAGGAACAGGACCAAACUGGACUCAACUAUUAUAAUAAAUGA